CCAAAAUUUUAUAUUAGGAAAUUUUUCGGCUCCGGACUAGUUCUAUUUGUAAUAGCAGUACUACUAACUAUACCACACAAUGUUACCGAUAAGUGGUAUAAGUUCAUUAUCCAAGAGUAUUAUUACUGUAUCCGGUAGAGAUGCAUCUAAAUUCCUAAAUGGGUUAGUCACCUCGAGAUUUUUACCUAAUGUAGUGAAAAAGAAGCAACAUACUAUUAGUGAAAAUGAAAAUAGACAUGCUGAACUUUCACAAAUAAUUAAUCCCGAAACAAAUUGGGGUUUAAUGCAUGAGGAUAUAUUUGAUCCUGAUAAUAAUAUACAUAUUCGAAGAGAUGGAAUAAAUUCCAUGUUUCUUAAUUCAAAGGGGAGAGUUAUAAGUGAUUGUUUUAUAUAUUCAUAUCCAUUCCAUAAUGUUGAUGAAUCAAGAACUGAUGAACUAAAGAAACCGAAAUAUUUAGUAGAAACCAAUAGUUCAUCAGUUAGUGAGAUUGUUGAUUUAUUAAAGUUACAUAAAUUAAGUGCAAAAGUUAAAAUACGGGAAAAUGAGUCUUUACAUUCAUACUAUUAUUAUCAUGAUAGUUUUGAAUUCGAUGCUCUUUUAGAUGUGAUUCAAAAUACUUAUUUUCAAACAUCUGAUCCUCAAAAUGCAAUGAAAAAUGCAAACUCCUUUAUAAUGAGUGAUAUAAUAUUCAAUAAAAGUAUUGCAAAUAGAAUUAUUGGCUUUUCUAUUGAUAAUCGUAUACCAAAUUUUGGGAUUAAAUUUAUAACAGAUAAACCAAUAGUAUUGAAUGAAAAAUCUUCAUUAGAAGAUUCCAUACCGUUAGAUGAAAUAUUCUCUUCAAGCUUUAGUAAUAAGUAUACAGUAAAUUCAAUUCCAGAAGAAGAUGUUGUGAGAAGAAGAUAUUCGAAUGGAUUAUUUGAAACUCAAGAUACUCCAUCAGAUGUAUCUUUAUUACCAUUUGAAAUUAAUCUUGAUUUCACUAAUGGGUUAUCCUUGGAUAAAGGAUGUUAUGUAGGUCAAGAAUUAACUAUAAGAACAUAUAAUAAUGGGGUUAUUAGAAAGAGAGUAGUUCCAAUUCAAUUCACUACUCCCAAUCAUGAAAGUGUAGAGCAAUUAUAUGAAUCAGAAAUGAUUGAAGUUAUACCUCAAGAUCCAGUAAUUGAUUAUAUUAAAGAAUUACGUCAAUGUGGAUUAACUAAAGUAGAUAUAACUCCAUUAGAAGAUCAACAAGCCACAGUAGAUGAAUCAUCUACUUCAGGAGGACAUUCACCAUUUGGUAAAUCCAAUUCUACUCCUCGUAAAAGGAAAAGUUCUAGUGGGAAGUUAUUAUCGAUUAAAGAUAAUGUGGGGUUUGCUUUAAUUAAUUUAUCUGAUCUUGAAAAGACUAAUCUUUUCAAAAUAGAAUUACCUAGUUUAGAUGGUGUAAAAGUUGUAGUAGUAAAGGCAUAUAUACCGGAUUGGUGGUCUUAGAGCAUAUACAUUUAUAUAAUAUAAUAUAAUAUAA